AUGCUUUGCAUAUCCGCGGAUUUUGAUGUUUGGAGUUGCUUCUGCCAAUUUUUCGCUGGCACUGGUUGCAGCUUCACCUUGGGGAGGAGGCCGUUGCAAGAUCCGUUGAGGCUGAGGCGCGCUCGCGACGUACUGACAGCGCAUUUCCACACAUCCAGAAUCAUACUGCCAGCAGCGGGAGAUUCGUCAAUCGUUGCAAGCACGGCGUUGCCAAGUCCAGAUACUGAGUCAUAUUUGCAAACAAUCCAAGUAGUCAUGCGCUAUGCUUUAGUAGUGUUGCAUUGCACGGCUCGAGUGGAGACUUUGCACUCGAGAGAUUUUGCGCAACUUGGCAUAUCUUUGGCAUCUAAGCUCAGUUGGUUGCCUUUUGCCACUGGCAAACUGCACGGCAAAGCAUGA